AUGCCAUGUCACACUCAGACCUCUUGGUCUGAGGGGCAUGAAAGUAAGGAAGAAAAAGAAGCGAUCAGACAUGAGAGAAACCUCACUAAAGGCCAGGUCAGGCAGAAAAAGAACGAUGAAGAGAAGGCAGUUCAUGAGGGAAGGGAAGAUUCGCAGACAGAGUUAAUCAGGCAGAAAAAGGGCAAAAAAGCGGUAACGUCCUCUCCUGCCCAAAAGAUCAGGAUGCCAAACACUUCACCAUUCUCCCUUGAAAUAGUGAGCAUGCCUGUCAACCGGGUAAAACUACCUGGAUACGUCAGAUACGAUGGGAGCACAGACCCCACAGAACAUCUCAACGCCUAUCAGGGACUAUGUCUCUUGGAGCUCACAAUGAUGCUUCCUGGUUGCCUCCCUGAAGGUUCUGUCACUAGUUUUGAUGACUUGACAGCGAAAUUUAUGAGUCAAUACGCACCGUUUGUUAGGCGACCUAGGCAAUCCAUUGAGAUGAUGAAAUGCGAGCAGAGAAGAGAGAAAUCCCUCAAUGAAUACAUAGCACGAUUCAACACAGAAUGUUUGACAGUCAUCAAACCUGAAAAUUCCAUCAUUCUCCUGGCCUUCAUGUCAGGAUUGAAUGAUGACAGAUCAGAUAGCAGAAGUUUCAAGGAAGAUGAUGGAUGGAUCAACAUCCAUAGUAUGGACGACGUUAGAGAAGAGCAGAGAGGUUCACUAGCUCAGAAAAUUUCAGAUUCAUCGCUGCUAGUCUUAGAGGAGAAAGGCAUGAGAAGAAAAGUCAUAGUAAUAACAACAACAACAACGGAUAGAAGGAGCAGGGGAAAAGGUGCUGACGAAAGGAAAAACCACAGGGAUGAGGCCAGAAGACCUGCACUCCAAAACUUUGCUCAAUUCACACCCCUAAAUGCUCCUAGGGCACAAAUCUUCCAUCUUCACAAGAACUCUAAGUUAUGGGAAAGGCCCCCAUCGCUCCGCAGGUUAGGAAACAACUUGAACCAGUUUUGUGACUUCUAUGGAAGUCCAGGACACUCCAUUGAAUCCUGCAUGACCCUGAAAAAUAAUCUGGAGGACCUGAUCCAGAGGGGUUAUUUCAAAAAUUAUGUGAAGUGGAACGACGAGCAGAAACGCAAAACUAAAGCUUAA